CCUCGACCAGAGAACAUUGAAUAACAAGCGGAAGCGAAAAGCGCAGUUAAAAGUUCGUCAAAAAGCGACCAGUUUCCUCGUUCGUUUUCCCGCCAAAUGAGUCAGAAAAAUUUUCCAAGUGCUCGAUACGAAACAUAAAGACUUACAAGACUUAAAGUGCAAGCAGUGAAUGGAAUAUAGAAUUCCUGAACAAUAUUGAAAUCAAACAUUAAAAAUAUAUGCUGUACUAAAGUUAUAUAUUUUUUAAAGAUUGAAACAUUUUGUAAAAUCAGAUUUUGUAUUAAAUCAAAUACCGCCAUGGCCAUCGCCUAUUUCAUACCCGACCAGGCCCAAUUGUUGGCCAGAAGCUAUCAGCAAAACGGCCAGCAGACAGCAGCGAGUGCAAGGACAACUGCAACACCUGCUGCACCACCGCAGCAGCAGCAACAAUCGCAACAGCAGCAGCAGCAACAACAUCAUCAGCAACAGCGCCCUCAAUUCCGUGCCAAUAUUUCCGUGCCGCUGGGAAGUCAACAGGGAUCGAUGACCAUGUCGGAGUUUGGAUGCUGGGAUCUUUUGGCGCAGAUCUUCUGCUACGCUCUGCGAAUCUACAGCUACAGUUCGAGCCAGCGACAACCGACGGUCAUUCAGAUAUCAUUCGAAAUCAGCAGCGGCGGUCAGAACAACGAUGAGGACGACGUGACCGAUGCCACCUCCAAGGAAAACUAAAUGUGGUUUCCAUUUUUCAUCCUGGUGGAGAGGAAAUCUUUGGGAUUUUCUGGGAAAGGCAGGCUCAAUCAAAGCGCAUUGUGAUUUCUUUUUUGGGUAUGGACACAUGAGGAGGAACGAGUUUUGUAAAACAUGGGAUAUUUCCACAACAAAAUAAGAAAACUAUUUUUAAACUAUUUUUGAGAGAGAGAAAAUUCAAAAUUUGUCAUCGACUUGCUUAAAGUGAUUUCGGUUGUUUGUUACUUAUUUGAAUGUCAAAUUUUCCGAUAUUAGUUUUGAAAAAAUGUUUAAUUUUGCACGCAAAGGUUUCCCGGUUGGUUCAAAUACAUAAAUACUUAACAACAUUUAUAGAGCAUAAAGAGAAAUGUGUAAAAUUGUCAUAAACCUUAUUAGUGUCUAUACGUAUGAGCAAAACCACAAGUAUCGUACUCAACUAACAAAUAAUUGUCAAAUUUUUGCAUUUCAACUACUUACAAAUAUAAAUCCUAAACUAAUAUUACAGAACUACAAUACAGAACCAACAACAAAACAAAGAUGCAACCGCAGCAACCAGAAUAACAUAAGACAACAACUCAAUUGUACAAAAUAGAUUUUAAGCAAACAGCAAAUUUUAUAUGUUUACAACAAAGAGAGAAAAUACAAAAUGUCUACAAAAAUAGAAUACAAGAACCGCCGAACAGAACACAUUAAAAAAAAAUUAAGCAAAACAACACAUUUAAGCAAUUUUGAUACGAAUAAUCAAGAAUAACAAAAUUUUGAAAUGUAUCUUAUCAUUAUUAUUGAUUUUAGCAAAAUUCAAAAAAUAUUAUUUUAAUUUUGGCAUUGAAAAUUAAACAAGAAAUAUUGAAAUUAUUCACAUGUAAAGAUAGCAUUUGUAAGAAAUUAAAAUUUUUAUA